AGUUCCCCGGUUGAAGCAGUGGUUUCUUUCUGAGAAGAAGGGAUUUUGGGGCGUAUUUUACAAAGCAUCAGUUAUAGGCACACGACUGCACUUCUUCGUCUCUGUAAGCUGUGUCCUGGCUGGCUGUUACCUGCUUUUCAUUAAGUGAUUGGGAAAGAAAUAACUGUUGAAGAUGCUUCUAUUUUGCCCAACCUGUUCCAACAUUCUCAUCGUAGAGGAAGGCCUCAGCUGCUUUCGGUUUGCCUGCAACACAUGUCCAUACGUGUACAACAUCAAGCAGAAGAUGUCAAACCGCAAGUACCCGCGGCUCAAGGAUGUUGACGACGUGCUCGGAGGUGCUGCUGCGUGGGAGAAUGUGGAUUCAACCGAGGAAAAAUGCCCCAAGUGCAGCCAUAGCCGUGCCUAUUUCAUGCAGAUUCAAACACGAUCAGCCGAUGAGCCCAUGACUACAUUCUACAAGUGCUGCAGUCCUCAGUGUGGGCAUCAAUGGAGAGACUGACCACUUUCUUUCCUUUCCGUUUCUUGGAUGAAAGGCUGCAUGCAUGUAGCAGCAGCACGAUUUCUUUAUGCUGCAUUCUGCAAGAAAAUAUCUAUAAUAUAACACAAGAAAAAUGGAUAUUAUACUUUCGUGAUUCCUUGUACUGGUUUAAAAAUGGACAGUGGCACACAUGGUGGUGGUGUGGUGCCUGUCAUUCCUGAAUAAAUUCAUUAAUGCUUUUGU